GAAAAGUAUUUCCCCUAGUCAGCUCUCAGUCAGGCUUCACAUCACUUGGUGAAGUAGCAGAAUCAACUGGCUGUUUAGUUCUUGCUAAUGAUUUGAGCGUCUGUUCAACUACUGUACGUGCAAUGAAAUAAUUUCUCUCAGCGCAGAGGGCAGCUGGGCAAGUAGGAUACAGGAGGCAGUUGUCUGUGGGCAGGAAACUGAUAAAGAUGUCAGUAAAGGAAGGAACCCAAACAAAAUGGGGAGUUCUGAAAAAGAAACUUGGGCCUCAAGACCCAGAUCAGAUUGAGGGUAACCUGGAGAAUGCAGACCCAGAGCUAUGCAUCCGUCUCCUCCAAAUCCCUUCUGUUGUCAACUACUCUGCCCUUAAAAAGCGCCUUGAGAGCAGUGAUGAUGAUUGGAUGUUGCAGUUCUUGGAGCUUAGUGGACUGGAUCUUUUACUAGAGGCACUGGACAGACUUUCAGGGAGAGGUGUAGCUAGGAUCGCAGAUGCUCUCCUCCAACUCACAUGUAUCAACUGUGUUCGAACACUGAUGAAUGCACACAGGGGCAUUGAAUAUAUAGUCAACAAUGAAGGUUAUGUCAGAAAACUCUCUCAAGCUCUGGACACAUCCAAUGUGAUGGUAAAAAAACAAGUGUUUGAAUUGCUAGCUGCCUUGUGUAUCUACUCCUCUGAAGGUCAUGCCUUGUCUUUGGAUGCACUGGAGCAUUAUAAGGCUGUAAAGAAUCAACAGUACCGGUUCAGUGUCAUAAUGAAUGAAUUGUCUGCUUCCGAUAAUGUUCCCUACAUGGUUACACUGCUCAGUGUUAUCAAUGCCAUUAUUUUUGGCACAGAAGAACUACGGAACCGAGUGCAACUCAGAAAUGAGUUCAUAGGCCUCCAGCUGCUGGAUUUGUUAAACAAGCUAAGAGACUUGGAGGAUGAAGACCUGCUGAUCCAGGCUAUUGUGUUUGAGGAAGCCAAAUCUGAAGAUGAGGAAGAACUUCUCAAGAUAUAUGGAGGGAUUGAUAUGAACAAUCAUCAGGAAGUUUUCUCUACACUGUUUAACAAAGUAAGCUGUUCACCGUUAUCAGUGCAGCUUCUAUCAAUUCUUCAAGGACUCUUGCAACUGGAUCAGGCUCAUCCUACCAGUCCCCUACUCUGGGAAGCCUUGGAAGUUUUGGUCAACAGAGCUGUCUUGCUUGCAGAUGACUGCCAAAAUAAUAACGCUGAAGAAGUCAUGGAUAGACUCGUAACUUCAAAGAAACAUCCAAGUAAAGAAAAAAGAAAAACAGACAAAUUUACUAAUAAAGUAAAUAAAAGCAUUCAAACAGACAAACCCAAAGACGAAUCAUGUGAAGACAAAACUGUUACAAAAGAUUCAGUGAGCUCUGGAAUCCCAACAGACUCUUUUCAUUUAUCGGAUGCUUUACUGGCACCUCCAACUAAAGAGGAUUCCCCUGCUUGUGCUACACCACUACAAAACCCCUCAUAUAGGGAGCUCACAUCUUCUUCCCUUUUUCCUUCACCUCCUUCCCCUUUAGCGGCUAAAGCUGGUGAGCAAAUUAACUCACCAUCUCCUCUACCCCCUCCUCCUCCCCCAUUGCCAGGUAUUGAACUGUCUCCACCGCCUCCCCCUCCCCCUCUCCCUGGUAUGGGUGGAUUUUCUCUGCCUCCUCCUCCUCCCCCAUUGCCUGGAAUGGGGGGCAUGCUUCCUCCACCUCCUCCUCCUUUGCCUGGCAUGGGGGGUAUGCCUCCACCUCCUCCUCCUCUCCCUGGCAUGGGGGGUAUGCCUCCACCACCUCCUCCUCUCCCUGGCAUGGGGGGUAUGCCUCCACCUCCUCCUCUCCCUGGCAUGGGGGGUAUGCCUCCACCACCACCUCCUAUGCCUGGAAUGGGAACCUUCACUGAUGAAGUAUUAGUUGCUCAAGUGAAUUAUUCCUUAGGAUAUUCACCUAAAGCUUUUUUUAAGGUGAAUAGACCAACCUUAAAAAUGAAGAAGCUUAAUUGGCAAAAACUUCCACCAAAUGUAAUCAAAGACAGCCAUUCUAUGUGGGCAUCAGCAGGUUCCAUUGAGGACACACCUGAGCCCAACUACUCCAGUAUAGAACAACUGUUUUGCCUCCCACAAGCAGCUGUUAAGGAAGCUGCUGCCCCUGUAAAGAAACCCCCAAAAGACAUUUCCUUCUUAGACUCCAAGAAAAAUCUCAACUUGAACAUAUUUUUGAAACAAUUUAAAUGUCCCAAUGAGGAAGUAAUUGAGCUAAUCGAGAAAGGAGACCGUUCCAGAUUUGACAUUGAGAUUCUGAAACAAUUUCUCAAGCUGCUUCCCGAAAAACAUGAGGUGGAAAACCUGAAAUCCUACCAGGAAGACCAAGCCAAAUUAUCAAAUGCAGACCGAUUUUAUCUGCUUCUCUUGGGUGUUCCUUGCUAUCAGCUUCGAAUUGAGUGUAUGCUGAUUUGUGAAGAAAUAAACCUGAUUGUCGAUAUGGUUCGUCCCAAAACAAAAGUAGUUAGUACUGCAUGUGAUGAUAUAAUAAGCAGCCACAGACUUCCGCUCUUCUGCCAGCUGAUCCUGAAAGUGGGAAACUUUUUAAAUUAUGGAAGUCACACUGGAAACGCAAAUGGGUUCAAAAUCAAUACUUUACUGAAACUGACGGAAACUAAAGCCAAUCAGACUCGCAUAACGUUACUGCACCAUAUUCUAGAGGAGGUUGAGCAAAAUCACACAGACCUUCUCCAACUUCCAAGUGACCUUGAAAAUGUAUCCACAGCAGCAGGCAUUAAUAUAGAGAAUAUGUACACAGAAACAAGUGGGAAUUUAAAGAAAUUAAGAGAUCUACAGAAUAAAAUUGCUACAGCAGCAGCAGAUGUCAAGGAGCAGUACGAAAAAUCAAUUCAGGACUGCAUGGACGCAUUGAAAGAAUUAGAAGAACAGCUGACAGAUCUUUCCCAAAAGAAGGUUAAACUCGCUGAUUAUUUAUGUGAAGAUCCAACCAAGCUGUCGUUGGAAGAAACAUUCAGCACUAUGAAAGCUUUCAGGGAUCUGUUUCUCAAAGCCAAGAAGGAAAAUAAAGACAGAAAAGAGCAGGCUGUUAAGGCUGAAAAAAGGAAAAAACAGCUUGCAGACGAAGAAGCCAAAAGACAAAAAGGCGAGAAUGGAAAAAUAAUUCGGAAAGGAGCGGCCAAGCUGGAAGAGGGCUGUAUCAUUGAUGCUUUGUUGGCUGACAUAAAGAAAGGUUUCCAGUUGCGCAAAACAACCAAGACCAAAACAGAAGCUGACUCUUGUCCAAAAACCCUAAGCAGUGAGGCGAAUAGCACAGAUGUUAAACAUGUUGACAAAGUUGGAAUUCUACCACAAAACAAUUCCAGUUCAAACCUGGAUGGAGUGGAACACAAAUUGGAGUCCAAAGACAAUUGUGGUGAAAAAGUUGACAACAAACCAGUCGUGAUUGCACCUAUUAAUCUGGACACAAGUGCCUGUUUAAUAAAGAUAUCUGAUGAAACGGCAAAGCUUCCAGUCUCUACACUUCAAGAAGGUUCUAAUUCUAAGCAAAGUACGGACAUAUCUGUUAACGAACAAAGUGCCAUUGUGACCACUGAACGUUCUAACAAUCACAAUAUAGAUGGUAACCCAGUGAAUAAAUGCACAUUGGAUCAAAGCCAAAGGCCUUCAGAGAUCAGUGAUAAAGUGGACUCAAAGGAGUCCCAUGAAACACCCAUGCAGAUGGAACAUAAGGCAAGUGCUGUGGAGGACAAAUGUUCACUGCCAUCCAAACCCAAUGCAUUGGUUAAAGAAUCGCCAUCUACCCAAAAUAAUGCACUGAAUGAAGGAUCACAUCGGUAUAGUACCGGUAAUGGAAACUUGAACAAAGCUCAGAACAAUGCGCUGAUUGAAGGACAACAAUCUUGCUGUCAUACAGGAGCUGAUGGAUCUCCACAAUUUGAGAACAAUGCACUGGAUGCAGGCUCCCAGCCAUCUCACUCUAGUGUAGUGGUUGAAGGAUCAGCACAGGCUCCGAAAAAUGCACUUGACAAUAUUGCACUACACACUCAGAAUAAUACAGCAACAGAAAGUUCUCAGGUUGAAGAAAAAACCUUGAACGAUGAAGGUUCUCCAGAACAAGAAAACACGAGUGAACACCCGCUAAAUACUUCAUCCCAUUCCACCACACUUCGCCAGUCCUCUGAGGAUGGACAGAAGGUUAAAAGAGGGUCUUCUAAGCAUAAAAAGAAAAGGAGCAGUUCCAAACACAGAGAAGAGGAUGGAAUUGAUUCUCCCACUCAUAAAACAAGAGGUUGUAUGGUGCAGUAAGGUGUAAGAACAAACAAGAUGGCCAAGAAAUGAACCAAGCGGAACACACACUGCCAACAGCUCACGCGUAAUUUGCUUUUGUAUACAAACCUGCACAAUAAUCGAUGCCUGAAUUGUUUCCUAUAGGUCUCUAAAUU